AUGGCUAAACACACCGGCGAAAAACGGUUCAUCUGUGGAAUGUGUGGAUAUAGGUCGGCUCGCAGGUCUUCGUUAAAAUUACAUAUGGGUAAACAUACAGGUGUGAAACCCUAUAAAUGUGACCAUUGCGACUAUUCCUCUUCAUAUAAAUCUGAUUUGGAUCGACACAUAACUAAACACACCGGCGAGAAACCCUUCCUGUGUGGAGACUGCGGCUACAGGACGGCUGACAGGUCUGACUUAACAGUACAUAUUAGGAUACACACGGGCGAGAAACCGUAUAAAUGUGACCAGUGCGACUAUUCCACUGCACAGAAAGGAAACUUAGACCGACACAUGGCUAAACACACCGGCGAAAAACGCUACAUCUGCGGAGAGUGUGGAUAUAGGUCGGCUGACAGGUCUGCGUUAAAAUCACAUAUGGUUAAACAUACAGAAAUGGGCGAAAGAAACAGCGAGGUUGCUAUGGACGAUCACCAAGUUGUGCACUCUAGAGACGAAACAAGCAGCAGCGAGAAAAUAGACACGGGAAUGCAGCAGAACAAUGAAGGGGACAUUCCAUGCGAGGAAACGUGCGGUGUAAAUUCUGACAACCAUGCACAAGUUAAAACAAAGGAGACGGACAGGCUUGCGGUGAAACAUACUGUCGAUAAACGCUUUGCAUGUACGGAGUGUGACUAUAGGACUGCCUUUAGGUCCCAGCUGUUGAUACACACAAGAAAAUAUACCGGUGAGAAACCCUAUAAAUGUGACCAGUGUGACUAUUCUGCUGCACAGAAAGGAACUUUAGACCAACAUAUGACUAAACACACCGGAGAGAAACCCUUCAUGUGUGGGGAGUGCGAAUACAGGACUGCUUUCAGUUUUGCCUUAACCGUACACAUGAGAACACAUACAGGUGUGAAACCUUAUAAAUGUGACCAAUGUGACUAUUCUGCUAAACAGAAAAGCAACUUAGACCGACACAUGGUAACACACACCGGAGAGAAACCCUUCAUGUGUGGAGAGUGCGGAUAUAGGACGACUCAAAAGUCUUCCUUAACCAUACACAUGAGAACACACACAGGCGAGAAACCUUAUAAGUGCGACCAGUGUGAUUAUUCUGCUGCAAAGAAAAGUAUUUUAGACAAACACAUGGCUAGACACAACGGAGAAAAACCCUUCAUGUGUGGUGAGUGUGGAUAUAGAACGGUUAACAAGAACCGUACACAUGAGAAGGCAUACAGGCGUAAAACCCUAUAAAUGCGACCUUUGUGACUAUUCUGCUGCAAUGAAAGGUACUUUAGACGACCACAUGGCUAGACACACCGACGAAAAGCCCUUCAUGUGUGGUGAAUGCGGAUUCAGGACGGCUAGCAGGCCUUGCUUAACCAUACACAUGCGAACACAUACAGGUAAGAAACCCUAUAAAUGCGACAUGUGUGACUAUUCUGCUGCACAGAAAGGCCAUUUAGACGAGCACAUGGCUAGACAUAAGGGAGAAAAACCCUUUAUGUGUGGAGAGUGCGGAUACAGAACUGCUCGCAAGUCUGACUUAUCGCGACAUAUGAGACGACAUACAGGCGUGAAACCUUACAAGUGUAACCAAUGUGCUUAUUCUGCAGCACGGAAAGGACAGUUAGACCGACACAUGACUAAACAUAGUGAAGAAAACCCCUAUAAAUGUGACCAAUGCGACUAUUCUGCCGCAACGAAUAGCAGUUUAGAUCAACACAAGGCUAAACACAACAAACCCUUCAUGUGUGGAGAGUGCGGAUACAGAACGGCUGACAGAUCUAACCUUACUGUACAUAUGAGGAAACAUACAGGUGAGAGACCCUAUAAAUGCGACCUUUGCGACUAUUCUGCUGCACAGAAAGGCCAUUUCGACGAGCACAUGGCUAGACAUAAGGGAGAAAAACCCUUCAUGUGUGGGGAGUGCGGGUACAGAACUGCUCGCAAGUCUGACUUGUCUCGACAUAUGAGAACACAUACAGGUGUGAAACCUUACAAGUGUGACCAAUGCGACUAUUCUGUCAAAGAUAUAAGGUAUUUAAAGAAACACAUGGUCACACACGCCUCUUGAAGAACAGCAGUUUGUCGGCUCUAUGAACAAGUACAUAAGGUCUGCACAUGGUCAACCAGACCGCUGAGAAACCCUACAUAUGAGUGGAGCGCGGCAUCUAGAGACUACAGUGUCGUCCAUCAAAGUGUUCUGCCGUUUCCUUUUCGUUCAGAUCCUCUCUGCACAUAUCUAAUAAUCUAGACUUUGAUGUAUGUAGUUGCCGUUUUGAACCGAGAUAGCGCAUGCCUCGUUCUUUCAGAAACGGCUUAUUACUGUUGUCAUAACGAAUAGUUGCUGAUAUUCUAGGUGAUAAUGCUACCUUAAUAAGAUGAAUGUCAAUAUAACACAUUGACUUGUCAAUACU